CAUGUAAAGAAUUUUAUUUUGCUGUAUAUAUACAGUACAUAUGAUUUAUGUAUAUUUAUAUAUGUAUUUGUAUAUGCUAUAUACUGUAUAUAUAAAUCAUGAUAUAUACAGUAUAUUGAAUUUUAUUAAGUAUAUUUGUGAAUUGUUUCAUUUAUUAAAGAUGCGCAAAAAGUGACUGUAAGCGACAUCUGUCGUUGUUUGUAUCACAAAAAAGGGAUUAUCGUUAGAGUCUCUUUUUCUUCUCCCAACAACACGUAAACAAGCACUCUACGUAAUGGGGUAUUACAAACAGACCUAACAAACAGUUUUGCACCUCCAUUCUGACUUUAUUUUUUAUGACUAGAAAAAUUUAAUUCGUCGCCCAUUGAUUUUCUUCGUGACAUUUAACUAAUCUACUCAACGGAAUCGUCGGAGUCGUCAGCGCUCGUUAAAGGUGACGGCGUUUACCCUGUUGCUAGACACCCCUGUUUUUCUUCCAGCUCUUCUCAGUAUUGGUUUCGGCUCCGCUGAGCCUGGUUUAACAGGUUCAACAAAUGAUUGCCUAACUGGUGGUGGAGUUUUGGAAGAAGCGUGCACUUGAUAGCGUCUUAAUUGAGGAGCUAGUGAUGGGGGUGGCCUCCUCUGGUUGGGUUGAUUUUGCUGAAGUUUAAGUACUUUCUCACGACAAAUUACACAGCGUAGCGGUAGGCAUCGCUGAUUAACGGCCGAUUGUAUAGUCUUGACGAAGCAUUUUCGGCAGACAACUCUAUGAUUGCAUGGUAGUGUCUGCAUGCAGGCUGUUGAGGAGAAGCAGACGACGCACUACAGGGGCAGAACGAAAAGAUAAGAAAAGUAGAAAAGUCGUGACGUCAUAAUUCCAGGCGUUCUUUGUACGGUCUCUUUAUAAAACUCACCUCUGUUCCGGAUACGGGCGUCCCUUCUUCGUCAUCGGUUGCUUGUUUAGCAUCUAGUUUGACCAGAAGUUUGUCCUACAAACAUAUCGAGGAUUUCGAUAAUCGAAUCUAUGUCAUUGAAAUUUCUCUAGAGACUAGUUCGAGCUUAUUAAUUAGCUCUCGCUGGUCAUCCUUAUCGGUAGUUCAUUUCCGAUAAGUGUAUCAAGCGCUUAGCGUUCUAAUGCAACAUUAAUGACGACAAACUCUCGACGCCUAAUCGUCGUACUGCCACGUGUUUGCAGUCGCUAUGGUAACGCUGCUGAUCGAACAUUUUCUACGCAUUGAUUUCUUCUUUCGGCGUACAUAUACUGCUGAUUAGGCGACUUCUCCCUCUAUUUUUCCCUUAUAUUUUUCUUAUAACACCGAACGUCAAAUUAAUCUUGACGGCGUCACUUUUCUCGCUUGGUCUCAAGCGACUAAUCAGUUUGUCGACGUGCUUCCGUUUAAAAAUAAAAAAGCGAAGGAGAGAGAAAUGGGCGUCGCCAUCUCUUUCCGAUCUUAUUCCGAAUGUGUUGUCUCUAUUUUUAAUGUGAGUUCUAACUGAUUUAUUCUCUAAUAGUAAAACAUGCUUUAAAACCGAUUUUUCUAUGCAACUUAAUUGCCAGUCAGAUUUACAAUACUGUUAAUGACUUACGAUCUUCUCAUUUAGCUUUUGCAAUUCCUUUUCUGCUUUCUUUUUCAGAUUAUUCUCUAUUUGCGCUCGUCGAAAUUGUUGGUAUUUAGCUACCAGAUACAUGGCGGGCGUUAAAAUGACGCUCCAAUCGCGAACGAUGGCGCCACUACUGGGGCCUCCUCGCUCUGCUAAACCGACUUAUUAAAGAGCCUACUCUACUGGAACCCUUUUAGCUCCUUUACCAUCGUUCUAACAUCGAGUUGCACAAGCUCAAUAACUUAACAUAGUAGUAAAUUUAUUCACUCAAUCGGUCUAUUUCCCCCAGCAGAAUAUUCGGUUUAGGUACUCAACAAAAAACACAUCUACUCUCUUCCACCUCUAUACACUUUAUAAUCGAUCGAAAUGUCUUUCACAUUUUAAAUCUGAGCGCGCUUUUUCAUUAUUUUCUUCCUACCUAUCUAUUCAAUACACGUUCCUCGACACGCCUGACUAGCGACAGAUCGGCCGUGCGUUCGUCUGCAAUAUUACUUAUUUAGAUCGACGUGUAAAAGGAUAAAUACAAAAAUAAAAAUAAAUCAGGAAUUUGGCGAAUGUACAUUUAGGACGUAGAGAACUAAUCAAGAAUUCCGAUCCCAUGACUCCCAGGAAUUCCCAUAGGAGAAGAAAUCCAACAGUUUUCUUAAAACUAUGGCGGAGAGUGGAAAAAUUGACCGUCAGGCAGCUGUUUUGUCUUCUAUUUGUCUUGAUUUGUUUAUCUCUAAUCCUGACGUAUUCUUUGAAGAACGAAUUGAACAACGUCAGAGCUAAUUUUCUAACUUGGUCUGAAGAGGAUGCUAAUAAGAUUAUAAAAGAUUUAGAAGCGUUUAUUCCAUCGCAUUGCCAAUCAAAUGUUUAUAGAACCGGUGGACUAAAAAGUUCUUCUAUAUUAAUCAAUGUUGAUGAAAAUAAUUGGAGACUCCUAGAGGGAACGCUCUUUUCUAUUCAACGCUAUACAGAUGAGAAAUUAAUUAGGGAAAUCAUAGUCUACGAUGACAGAAUUUCAUCGUUUGGGGGGGAAGUUGUUGGAAAGUUAGUGAACGCCUGUAAAUCAAUAUGUAAGCUCUUAAGAUCUGAGACGAAGCUGGGGGAGGCGUCGGCAAGACAUAAGAUGACGCAGGUCGCUAAAGGGGAUGUACUAGUCUUUAUAGAGUCUGGUGUAUUAGUGACGCCUCAUUGGAUGGCGCCACUACUUCAUACAUUGCAUGAAGGGGGUCCAUCUAUCGUCUCGCCGAGAAUAGAUUCUAUUGAAAAGAUGCGAACUGUUCGUGAGAUGCCCGAGUAUAAAUCUGCCUUUACAUGGUCAUUUAGCACGAUGUGGACCAUUGAAGAUGGACUGAAUGUUCUAGACGGUCGAGUAAUAGCCAUCAGUCGAACAGUGUAUGAAGCACUAGGCGAAUAUGACCCGGAAUUUGAAGCCGGCGGCGGUGCUAAUUUAGAUCUGUCAAUCAGAGCAAUGUUAUGCAAAGUUUCAAUUAUUUACUCGGAAUGUUCAAGAAUCGGCAUACAAGACGCAUAUAUUCCACGUAAGGUGUAUAGCUUGAAAAACUUUCGCCGUUUAACUUUACUUUGGUUUCCUACGCUACGAAGCGCCAUCUACCGUCUAGCUGAUAUAAACCCGUCAACAGAUGAGGCAGAAGCUCGAUCUAUUGAGAUAAGAAAGGAAUUCUUCAGGGAACGUCAAGGCAUCUGUGCUAACGAGUCAACACUCCUAGGUAGACACGGUGUAGUAUAUCCUGACAAAGACACGACAGCUCUGGGUAUGCUAGAAUCCCAAUCGACAUCCUUAUGUAUCUUCGCUGCGCGUAAUUCCCCACCGUCUUUAACUCUUUGCACAUCGAGCGUUUAUAGAUCGUACGCUAUAGUUUCAUUGAACGAAAGGAAACAACUAAAAAUUGGCUCUUCUUGCUUAAAUUAUCACAAGACUUUAAAAGCUAUUGAAUGCGGAACUCUAACAAGCAAGUGGGAGUUUUCACCUUUGGGGGAAAUUCGGGAAGAAAAGACAGGUAAAUGUCUUAAAGUUGAUGGAAACUCGGAAAUUAAAAUGGGAUUCUGUACGGAAAUGACAAAAGAAAAGUGGAGACUCAAAAAAUUAUGAUUAGAUAUAGAAACAAUUUGUUUGAUCUUUAUAAUGUUGGAAGGUAGCUAUCAAAACCUUGCAAAUAGAACAUUUAGAUAUAAUAAAAAUGACACCUAGUCUUUUAUGUUUAGUGAAUUCCUGUAAAAUAAAAUAAUAUUCAUGGAAAGAAUAACAACUACAUUUAUAGAGUUUUUAUAAAAUAAAAUGCUAAUCUGACUUCUCAUUUGCUAGAAAUAAUAA